CCUUCAUUCGAGGGACGACGGCACGAGCUACAACUUCGAAGAGGAGAGAGCAACAUAUUUAUGAUUUACAAGUUAAUGUCUGGUGAUCUGUUUUAGAGGACGACUUUCUCGACAUACAUCGUUUAUUUCGACGUUAUCAGAACAAAGGAUUCAAUUCGACCUGCCUGUGCCAGAAAGCAAGACAAUGGCCAAGGGAAAAGACACUCUCUCUGACAUGGCCCAAGCUCGUCAGAGUGACGGCAUCCAUGUCAUCUUUGACCAGGACAGCCCUGCGUCUUCUCGCUCCAGAUCCAAGAGCAGCGGCCGCUCCUCCGUCUCUGACCGCUACAGGGGACGUGACAGCCACAGGGGACGUUAUAGGUCUCCAUCUUCCUCAACAUCAUCUUCAUCCAGCAGCAGGUCCUCCUCUCGCUCCAGGUCCCGCUCUCACCCUCGUUGCCACAGACGCUCAUCCCGCUGUCGCUGUGACGACCAUCACAGAUAUGGCCGUGGCCGUUACCGCCACUCCCCAGCACACCACCGCAGGGCCCAGUCUCGCUCCUGCAGCCGUUUACCCACAUCAGACAGGUACUCGCGCCACAGACGUUACAGGUCCCGUUCCAGGUCUUCCAGCCCUUGGUAUAGGACGGCAGCGAGGCGGUUUACCCGAUCCCCACCCAGAACCUACAGGAGCCGCUCAAGGUCCAGAUCUUCAGGUCGAUCUGUCAGUUUGAGUUUGGAUGAUAAAAGGGAACUCCUCAAAGCUGCAAAGGCCAAUGCUAUGAAGAUCCUAGGAGUGGAGAAGCUGGAACUUCCUGAGAGUGUGAAACCGCUCCUGUCAGAGCAGCUGGAGUCCAAAUGGGUGGCACCGCCAGAGGUGAGGGUGAGGCAAGACCCUGAAAGGACUUUGUCACAGAGCAGUGAUGUGGAGCCUGAUAUGUCCAGCCCAACGAUGUCCCCAAAAAAGAUUUCUUUCAGCAUUAAUAAUUCUGUGGUCAGACCUGCAGUGGCAGCUCCGUCCUGUGCUAAGGUAACUCCAAGAGUGGACAUCUAUGAAAGCAGGAAGCCCUAUGGCCACUGGAUUCCUGUGAAAUCUGGCCAAACCAACGCACGCAAACACACAUACUCCACGUCACACUAGUGUGGCAGAGUACAUGGACACUGUAAAUACUGUAAAUAUUUUGUACAUGUGUUUCAUGGUGGUUUUCUUUCAGAUAAGUCAGAAGAAGUGACGAGUUCUUUCAGGUGGGAUUUUUUUUUUUCCCUCUACCUUUUUGUUGUGUAUUGAGAUCUUUUCUGGAUUCAAUAAAGAUUUAUUUGAUAAGA